AAUCAAACACACUUGCAGUUCAUAACUCCCUACCUAGCUCCUUUCACAGUUCAUCUUGUUUCUCUCUUCCCUCCAAUUAAACGUCAUCCUCCUCCAUCUGCAGCUCACCUCCAUUAUUGUAAUCUCUCUCUUCUUUUGUUCCAUUUCAGUUUCAAUUUCAUCAUCAGCCCCUGCAUUUCUGUACCUUCAGUUUCGAAACCUGGAUCUCUUCGUUUCCGUCAUACUUCCUUGAUCAAAACCACAAAAAAAGCAUUCCCAGCAUGUAAUCUUAGCCCUUUCCAAACAAUCAAUCCCAGAUAACCCAAUUCCAGAAAAACCCAAAAAAAAUUGUCCUUUUUCUAUGAAUCAAUAGUCAUAUCUUAUCUUCAUUCAUAGUGUUCUAACCUGGCUCUCUUCCCCUCUUCUAUUCCGUAGAAACACAUUUAUAAAAACAUUCACAGCAUGUAACUUUAGCCUUCUAAAAUCCAAGUUCUUCAUCAAAAAAAAAAAAAAAAAAUUUGAUUUGUAGAUUUUCAUCCAUAGGAAUUCUCAGUUAUCCGUACUUGGUGUUAGUUACUCUGGCCAGGAUCACAGAGCUCGUGUAACUACAUCUUUAUAAAAACCUUCAAAUUAUGUAAUCCAAGUUCUCAUUCCUAUAGUCCAGUUCCUCAAAAACCAAAAAAAAAAAUUGUAUUUUGUUUUUUUAACUUAGCUAGAAAUGCCGGAAUACGAACCUGGAACGCCACCGGUGUCGGCUCCUCCAACGCCGGGAACUCCAGCUCCGCUGUUUUCAGGACUGGUCGGAAGAGUGGACUCGCUGUCGUAUGAUCGGAAGUCAAUGCCGCGAUGCAAUUCCUGCUUGCCUGUGAAUGCUCCCACGUGGGGUCAACCUCACACGUGCUUCACCGACUUCCCGUCUCCCGAUGUCUCUCUCACCCGCAAGAUUGGAGCUGAGUUCGUGGGAACAUUCAUCCUGAUGUUUGCUGCUACCGCCGGACCAAUCGUGAACCAGAAGUACAACGGAGCAGAAUCCCUAAUCGGAAAUGCAGCAUGCGCCGGACUCGGAGUGAUGAUCGUGAUUCUUUCUACGGGCCACAUCUCUGGCGCUCACCUCAACCCUUCUCUCACCAUUGCCUUCGCGUGCCUGCGUCACUUCCCAUGGACUCAAGUCCCUGCCUACAUAGCCGCCCAGGUCUCGGCGUCCAUCUGUGCUUGUUUUGCUCUCAAGGGUGUCUACCAUCCGUACAUGUCUGGCGGAGUCACGGUGCCUUCUGUGAGCGACGGCCAGGCUUUUGCUCUUGAGUUCAUCAUCACCUUCAAUCUCCUGUUCGUUGUCACUGCUGUUGCCACUGAUACUCGUGCGGUGGGAGAGUUGGCUGGUUUAGCUGUUGGGGCGACUGUGAUGCUAAACAUUCUCAUAGCUGGGCCAUCAAGCGGCGGUUCGAUGAACCCUGUGCGAACUUUAGGCCCUGCCGUGGCCGCCGGAAACUAUAGGGCAUUGUGGAUAUACCUGGUAGCCCCCACACUCGGUGCACUGGCCGGAGCCGGAACCUACACUGCCGUGAAGCUUCAGGGCGAUGAAAUAGGAGCUCCGGCUCGUGAGGUCAGAAGCUUUCGCCGCUAACUAAUCAGGGCGAACACCAGAAACCUUGUGUAUAGAUAUACAACAUCGUACAUUAACUCUCUUGGCAUUCCGGCCGUCGCGUGCCCCCCAAGUUCAUCCGACGAGCCUCGAGUUUCAUAAGAUGAUAUGCAACGAUGGUAUGCGAGAAUUUCUGGUUCCAUAAUAAUGAUCAUAGUGUGGUGUGUAUGCUAGACGAUUUUAUGUUGUGAUGUGAGAGAUUUGAACUAUAGACUUUACAAUAAGGGCAGGGGGCAAUGCAAUAGAAGGAUGUGACGCAAAGUAGUCUAUGCUUUGGGCCCUUUGAUUCUCAUUGCUGUAACUCUGUAAAGCUAUAUGUAUUUAUAUAUGUGCUUGUGCUCAAUCAGUGUUGGUGUGCUUGUAGCCUAUCUAUGUCCAUCAUCUCAGAAAAGGUCCUUUGUCGACGAUGGAACGUCUUCUUUGAAAAUUUGGAUGGUAAGUGUUUGUCCGGGGACCCCGUGAGUAGACUUUGGAUUUUGGCUUUGUUGUAUUGAUAAUGCUUUCAUUAAUAAACUGCAGAAUGAUUUGAUGCA